AUGGAGGCCGCCUCCCCGCGCGAGGACGGCGAGGCCCAGGCGCCGGCUCCAGACUUCGGCGCUUCCGGCGGUUUCCUUGUGGAGAUACGGCGCGACGAGCCGUACAACCCAUCGCAGUGGUCGACGGGUCGACCGGACUCCCUGCCCACGCACGGACACACGCAUGAGGCGUAUAUUUUCGACCCGAGGUUGCCCAAGCAGGACAGGCGGCCUGUUCCGCUCGAGACGCAGACCGACCCCAUCAGAUCGCGGACGGUCGGCAUACAGAUCGGCAAGGUGCGCGACGGCGCUUGUCAAGCCACGGCCGAGGACGUGGCGCCGCACCAGCUGGCGGACUACGAUCCCGGGAGCAUGGAGGCCUUCUUGGACCGCGCUGUCCCGUCGACUGAGCGCUGUCUGCAAGAGAACCUCACGUCGACGGCGUUCCAGUGGGCGGCGGGGCUCCUGGGGCGCGACUACGCGGCGACACGGUGCACGGCCACGCUGAACGGGCUCAAGGACGACAACCCCGACGGCCUCGUGGUCACGAGCAUAUCGUGGAACUGCACGGGCAACACGAUCGCGGCCGGGUACGGGCGUACGGACAUCACGGGGUGGUGUCCGUACGGCGGGUGUGUGUGCAAGUGGAACCUGCAGCGGGAGCAGGUCGAGGAGAACAAGCCGGACGUGCGCGUGGACGUGGACGCGUGCCUGACGUUCGUGGAGUUCCACCCGGAGAUGAAGCAGGUGCUCGCCGGGGGCACGUUCACGGGCGAGCUCUACGUGUGGGACCUCAGCCAGGACGACCCCUCCCGGCAGCUGGUGGCCAAGUCGCAGCUGUCCGCGCUCUCGCACACCGAGCCCAUCACGCACCUCGCCUGGCGCCACAACCCGGACGUCGGGUCCCGGCACGCCUACCAGCUGGUCUCCGCGGGGAGCGAGGGCCGCAUCAACGUCUGGGAGUGGAACAAGCUCGCGGUCCCGCUGGCGUCCGUCGACGUGCACCACGGCGGCCACACCCCUGGCAUCCUCUCCAUGUCCUUCGAGCGCGGAAACGACACCGGGUUCGAGACCGAGUUCGUGGUCGGCACGGACGGCGGCGGGGUGAUGCGCUGCAACCUGGACACGGGCGGCGUGCAGGGCGAGGCCAUGCUGCGCAACCUGGAGCCUGGGCAGACCCCCAAGCUCAAGAGCGUGGUCAAGUCCAACAAGUACCAGAAGCACGCCGGGCCGACGCACGCGGUGCACCUCAACCCGCACAACCGCAACGUCUUCCUCUCGGCGGGGCUGGACGGCGAAAUCAAGGUGUUUUCCACGGUGCAGCUGUCGCCGCUCCUCACGGUGCACCCCUCGCAGCACUACGUCGUGAGCGCGCAGUGGUCCCCCUUCCGCAAGCUUCUCCUUGCGGCCGGCUGUCAGGACGGGACGCUGCACUUCUAUGACCUGUCGUCGUCACCGUCGACACCGCUGGCGUCCGUCCAGGCCGCUCUCGGGUCGCGAGACGACGCUAACUCAAGCCGGCUCCACGUUCUCGACGUGCAGUUCAACCCUUCGCUCAGGGAGUAUCUUGCGACAGCGCAAGGCCCGGAGGUGAAGAUUUGGGCGCUGGGCGCGACGCUUUCCGAAGCAGGCGGGCAGCGGGAGACCUCCAUGCUGAGCCAGCUGGGUGUCGGCGACGCCAACAUUCUGAAAAAGUCCAGCAUCGUGAUCUCCUAG